AUGCCUGAGCUAUUUAGCCGCUUUCUCGACCUCCCGUGGGAGUUGAGAGAGGAGAUUUGGAGGCUUGCGCUCCGUCCUGCUCGCCCAGGCGUCCAAGUUUUCAGCAUUUACAACUCCGACGAGGACAAGCACGACAACGACCCAAGAGAUGACCUUUUACUAAAUACUUUUCGGCAUUCCUACCUUUGUAUUUCAGCCCCAAAAUGGGGACCGAGAGUUAUUGGCGCUCAUCCAGAUGACCGAAAGGAUCACGCUUCUUGGACUUAUAACAACCCAUCAACAUAUCUUAUUGACAGAGGUCUCUGGACGGCUUGCAAGGAAUCAAGAUUUAUUAUUCAACGCGAAUUCCAGUGUCGGAAAUGGGAGUCGGCCUGGAGACACCAUUGUAAUGGUCGGAAUCCCGAUCAAUUCAGCGAGUACGAAAAUUUGGUAUCGGCAAUGGCCUGUUUCAAGGACAAGGACUCAUCCAACAAUCACUACAUUACAGUUUUCCCAAACCAAGACCUCUUUUACUUCCAGCCACACGACAUUGAAGCCCUCAGCUGGGGUGGCGCUGUAAAUCGCUACUUCUUGGGCGCAGAAAGUCUAAGUUUCGAUGACCUGGAAAACGUCGCCUUGGAAUUCAAUCCAAGUUGGGCGAUUGAGGUUGAGAAAGCUCGACCACACAAUGGCGAUGUCAAAAUUCUCGACACUCUAGCCCAUGCGGCAUUGACGGAGCAACGAAUGGAUGGCUGGAUACGCUUUGGCUUAUCGACUAUGGGCUCAAACGAAAUCCUAACGUACUUAUGA